UGAAAUUAUAAACCUAGUUAUUUUAUUAACGUAGGGAUAUCAUAAUAAAAUUCUAAGCAAUUAAAUUCAUAUGCAUAUAACUUUGGUGCUACAAAUCUAAUUAGAAACUUUUUAUUGGCCCUAAAUUUUUAUUACACACAAAAUGGGACAAGUAAAGGAGUUGCAUUUGUGCAAAAAUCUAAACGACCUGGAGCAGUAUUUCAAAAUUCCUAAUAUAACAAAUAAGUCAAAAAUGAAAAGUCUCAUAGAGUCAGCGCAUAAACUUUUACAAAACGGGAAUAAACAUUACCAGGAGGGGGAUGAAGAAUAUGCCUAUAUAUAUUAUAUGCGAUAUUUUAACUUGCUGAGCACUUUGCGCAAAAUGCCCACCUAUACGGAGUACAAGAUGUCCAUACAAAAAACUCUCGGAGGAAAUACAGCGAACGCAAUAAUAAUGGAUAAAUUGGAAGAAAUGACUAAAUCACUUAGUGAACGUUACGAUCGCUUGAAUGAAAAAAAAAAUGUACCACCACCACUCACCGACGAUGAUAUGAAAUUUUAUAAUAAUUUAAGCGCUUCAGAUAAAUUUAAUGUGGUUAAAGCAUCACCAAGCUAUGAGCAGAUAGGCGAUGCACUUAAAUUGAUAUCAUGUAAACAAUUAUUUCAGCUAAUGCAAACAAAUACUGUACUUAUAAUGGAUUGUCGUUGUGUUGACGAUUACAAGGUAUCACAUCUAAACUAUAAUUUUUCUUUUAAUAUACCAGAAGAAAUAAUAUUACCAGGGUUAUCGGCAGGAAAACUACAAGAUAAAUUGGACAACGAAUCGAAGAAAUUUUGGUCGGCACGUUCUAUAAAAGAUCAAGUAGUACUUAUGGAUUGGAACUGUAGAGAAGCAACUCCAAAUAAAACCAAAUCUAUUGCUGUAUUACAGGAUAUACUGCAAAAUUGGGACCCCGAUUGCAUUUAUCGUUCUCCAAUAAAAAUAGUCGAUGGCGGCUAUGAAUUUUUUAUAAUGAUGUAUCCAACUCUAUGUACAAAUCCUACUGUACAAUCACCACAUCAUAAUCAACAAAAUAAUGAUAUGAUAGAUGAUAUUGAAUAUCCUUCCAUACACGAUAUUACAAUGAAAGACGAUAUGCGUCCAUUUUCACGAAGUCCCUUAAAUUUUAACCAAUAUACCAACUCGGUUGUCUCAACAAAUCAAGAGCGUCCGUUCAUUGAUCGUAGCAGUAAAACAGCAGCGCUAAAAACUUAUAAUGAGAAACAAAAAGCAAUUGUAGAAAUUAUGAAAGAACAUGAUGAACUUGUAGAAAAGGCUCAAGCAAAUGAUGAACAGUUAGAGCAGGCUCAACAAAAAUGGAAUACAGUAACAAAUGUAAACAAAUUAUCAACAGCAGAACAACAACUUUUAUAUAAUAUAUGGCAAUUAGAGAGUGCUGCUGAAGACUAUCGAAUUGAAAAUAACCGACUAAGAGAUGAGCUUGAAAACUACAAACGACUUGAUAGAGAAACAGAAAAGGCACCUGCAAUUGAAAAUGAAAAAAUAGAGGAAGUUACCAAAAAAAUUGAGACCAAAAUACAAGAACGUCAGAAAGUUGAUGAACAACAUGAACGUGAAAAGAAACAGCGUGAAACACAAUUGGCUAUUGCACGGGAAAAUAAAAGACAUAUGAAACCACCGGUUUUAGAAGAUGAAGAGAUGUCACAACCAAAAAUACCCCAGUUUGAUCGUUCGGUCAAGCCAAUAAUCCCCAACAACAUAAUAGAGACAAUACAUGCGGAAAAAAGAAGAGAUUUUUCACCAAUACCUGGUUCAAUGGGUCGCGGGUUGACAGGCUUAAAAAACCUCGGCAACACUUGCUACAUGAACAGCGUACUACAGUGCCUGAGCAAUACGCCACAGCUAACUGAAUACUGCAUAACAAACCAAUAUAAAAACUAUAUAAAUCGCUCUAAUAAAACGAAAGGCCAUAUUGUUGAGGAGGUAGCGGCACUGAUUAAAGUUUUAUGGAAUGGAAACUACAAAUGUGUGGCAAGUAAGGAUUUACGUUAUGUCAUUGGUCAGUAUCAACAAAUAUUUCGUGGCAUUGAGCAACAGGACUCUCAUGAAUUUUUAACAAUUUUGAUGGAUUGGCUGCAUUCAGAUUUACAAACCCUAGAUGUACCUGAAAAAUCGCACGAUAAUUUAUCUGCCUCAGAUAAGGCAUGGUCAGAAUUCACAAAAUCUAAAGAGAGUGUAAUAUCGCGUUUAUUUUAUGGUCAAAUUAAAAGCACAGUUAAAUGUAUCGAAUGUAACAAAGAAUCUGCCACCUAUGAAAGUUUUUCAAAUCUAAGUUUUGAGUUACCUACAAAUAAUAAUGAUAAUUUUUGUCCUUUGGAACAAUGUAUGGCAAUGUAUUUCAAUGGUGAAGUUAUAACUGGUUGGAACUGUCCAAACUGCAAACAACAACGAAGAGCAAUUAAAAAAUUAGAUAUAUCAAAACUGCCACCAGUCUUGGUAAUACAUCUUAAGAGAUUUUAUGCAGAUCCUGAUGCGCUCGGUAAUUCUUAUAAAAAAAAACAGAUUUUUGUCAAGUUUCCAUUAGAAAAUUUAGAUAUGAGACCCCAUAUUGCCAAAUCCGAAUUAAGGAUUUCCUCACCGAAAACGUAUCAGCUAUAUGGCGUUUCUAAUCACUAUGGUUCUAUGGAAAGUGGACACUACACCGCUUUUUGCAAAAGUAACACUUAUGGCAAAUGGUUCAAAUUUGAUGAUCAGGUAGUUUCAGCGCUUGAUGCCUCCAGUGUUAAUUCCAGUGCAGCUUACAUACUUUUCUAUUCGUGGCUACCAACUUUUAAAAAUUAGCGUAGAACUAAAAUGCGAUUUCCAGCCAACAGCAUAAAUCUCAGUUAACAUUAAGUAAUAAAAUUAUUAGUUAUCUUUUUCAAAAUUUUGAUUUCAUAAACCAAAUUUUAGUUAACGUUAUUGAUUAUUUAUUUUGUGCAAAUAUAUUAUAUUAGAAACAUACAAUACAAUGUAAUACAAGUUUUUGUUAUAAAAGCUUCUAGUCGAUCUAGAAUUUCAAUAU